UUCCCUCGGGUGUUAGCAGCGGGACUUCCGGCCUGUGCGGGACAGCCUUCCUGUGGCUCCACCGGGGAAGGCCUGUUCAGUGGGUGAGCAGGGGCAAUGCUGGGCCCCUGGUGCCCUCUCCAGUGCACUCAGCGCGACCACAGGGGAGCACAGAAGCUGGCAGCACCUUCUCAGACUCACUCGAUUUGGGACAGAGAACACGCGAGAGUCAGGAGUCACGCUUGGAAAGACAUGCUGCUGAUCAAGAAGCAGACGGAGGACAUCAGCAGCGUCUAUGAGAUCCGCGAGAAGCUCGGCUCGGGGGCCUUCUCUGAGGUGGUGCUAGCCCAGGAGCGGGGCUCCUCACACCUCGUCGCCCUCAAGUGCAUCCCCAAGAAGGCGCUCCGAGGGAAGGAGGCUCUGGUGGAGAACGAGAUCGCAGUGCUCCGUAGGGUCAGUCACCCCAAUAUUGUGGCCCUGGAGGACGUCCACGAGAGCCCUUCUCACCUCUACCUGGCUAUGGAGCUGGUGACUGGGGGCGAGCUGUUCGACCGCAUCAUGGAGCGCGGCUCCUACACGGAGAAGGACGCCAGCCACCUGGUGGGCCAGGUCCUCGGCGCGGUCUCCUACCUGCACAGCCUGGGCAUCGUGCACCGUGACCUCAAGCCCGAAAACCUCCUGUAUGCCACGCCCUUCGAGGACUCUAAGAUCAUGGUCUCCGACUUUGGCCUUUCCAAAAUCCAGGCUGGUAACAUGCUGGGCACUGCCUGCGGGACUCCGGGCUAUGUGGCCCCGGAGCUACUGGAGCAGAAGCCCUACGGGAAAGCCGUGGAUUUGUGGGCCCUGGGCGUCAUCUCCUACAUCCUGCUGUGUGGCUACCCGCCCUUCUACGACGAGAGUGACCCUGAACUCUUCAGCCAGAUCCUGAGGGCCAGCUACGAGUUUGACUCCCCCUUUUGGGAUGACAUCUCAGAAUCAGCCAAAGAUUUCAUCCGGCACCUCCUGGAGCGAGACCCCCAGAAGAGGUUCACCUGCCAGCAGGCCUUACAGCAUCUCUGGAUAUCUGGGGAUGCGGCCUUCGACAAGGACAUCUUAGGCUCUGUCAGCGAGCAGAUCCAGAGGAACUUUGCUCGGACCCACUGGAAGAGAGCCUUCAACGCCACCUCCUUCCUGCGCCACAUCCGUAAGUUGGGGCAGGGCCCCGAGGGUGAGGAGGCCUCGCAUGGAAGGAUGACCAGCCACAGCCACCCAGGCUUCCCGGCCAGCCAGCCCUCCUCAUGGUGACGCCAGGAAGUUGGCAAGGCCAAGUGGACUGACCCCUCACUCUCACCCCCGGACCCUUUCAGUCCCCUCCCCUCCAGCCCCCUGGGCAGCCUCUGCUGGAGAGAGAGACUGGGUGUGGCACAGGGCGCUGGCUGGGCAGGUUGCCCCACGUGCCCGUCAGGUUCAGUCCUAGCCUGGGGAUGGAGGCUUCGGAGGCUCCCAACCCUGUGGCCGCCACGCCUGCCCGCUGUGCUGUGCUUCGCUGACUGCGGGUGACCGCUUUGCUGUGGCCCUCCAGCCCUCCCCACCCCAGUGUCCCCACAUCAAUAAAGACAG